AUGUCGGAAUCCCAUCUGCAAUUUCCCUCUUUACUUUUACUCUACUGUAUCGUCUUUGCUUCAAGCUUCAUAGUGAUCAACGCUCUUGCUUGUCGUCAUGAUCAGAUCCAAUCUCUUCUGAAGUUCAAGAACGAGUUCGAAUCCGGUGGUUGCAACCACAGUGACUACUUUAACGGUGUCUUGUGCGAUAACACGACUGGUGCUGUCACGAAACUACAACUCCCAAUUGGCUGCUUCACUGGAAUUCUCAAACCCAACAGUAGCCUCUUCGAGUUCCAUCAGCUUAGUUACCUGAAUCUUUCUCACAACAACUUCACAUCCUCUCCACUAUCUUCUGAAUUCAGCCAUCUCAAUAAAUUAGAGGUCUUGUCUCUUUCUUCUAAUGGCUUUACUGGUCAAGUUCCUUCCUCAUACAGUAACCUAACCUUGUUAACCAAGUUGGAUAUCUCACAUAACGAGCUCACUGAUAAUUUCCAACUUCUCCAGAAUCUCACCAAGCUUUCCAUUUUGGACCUUUCCUAUAAUCAAUUCUCUGGAACCGUCCCUUCUUCUCUGCUCACUAUGCCUUUCUUGUCACAUCUUGAUAUCCGUGGAAACCAUCUCACCGGUCCCAUUAAAGUUCCCAACUCUUCUUCGUCAUCAAGGCUCGAGCACUUGUUCCUUGGGCAUAACCAUUUCCAAGGAAUAAUACUAGAGCCUAUUUCAAAGCUAAUAACCCUCAAAGAACUCGACCUCUCUUUCCUAAACGUAAGCCAACCAAUUGACUUAAGAAUCUUUACCUCUCUCAAAUCAUUGCUGAACCUGGAGCUUUCCGGUAAUAAGUUAUUAGCUGCAAGUCUAACCUCAGAUUCUGUUGUUCCACCAAGUUUGUACCGGUUGAUGUUAAAGAACUGCAACAUCAGCGAGUUCCCAAAGUUUCUAAAGAACCUACAGAAUCUUGAACGUUUAGACCUUUCCAACAAUAGAAUCAAAGGGAAAGUUCCAGAGUGGUUAUGA